AUGUAUCUGACCCUCCCAGUGGCAAACAUUGAUCUGUCAAAAUAUGGUACUCCCGAAGGCAACGCUGAGCUCGCGCAAACGCUCAUCGAAGCAAUCCGCACCAAAGGCUUUUUCUACGUAACCAAGUUUGGCAUUCCUCAAUCUGCCAUUGACAGACAAUUCGCUCUUGGCAAUGCCUUUUAUAACCUCCCCAUCGAAGAGAAGCUCAAAUAUGUUCCUGAUCUUGAUGCGGGAGAGUAUAAUGGCUACAGACCAGGUGGACGAAGGAUCCUGUCGGGUGGUGUGAAGGAGAAGACUGAGGUUUGGAAUAUGGCUACCGAUAAUGGGAAGAUCACCCAGCCUGUACCAAAGCUGUUGAAGGAUCAUAUCGAUGAGAUCACCUCUUUCGCAAAGGACUUGCACGAGAAAGUCCUCGACCCUCUCUACCAUCUCACAGCCCUCGCCCUCCAAAUCCCAGAAGACCAUCUCGUCAACCUGCACAAAUGGGGAACUCACAACGAAUCCCACCUUCGCUACAUGAAAUACGGAAAGUUCUCCCCCCAAGAGAUUGAGAAACUCGAAGAUGGUCUUUGGUCUCGCGGCCAUACUGAUCUUGGCUCAUAUACUCUUCUCUUCCGUCAGCCUGUAGCGGGUCUUCAGAUCAAGGAUCACAAGACUGGUGAUUGGAAGUGGGCUAAGCCGCUUGAUGGAAGUUUGACGGUUAAUGCUUGUGAUGCGUUGAGUUUUCUUACAGGGGGUUAUGUUCAGUCUACCAUCCAUCGAGUAUCUGUUCCUCCUAAGGAUCAACGUGACGUAGACCGUCUUGGUCUUUUGUAUUUCUCCCGCGCUGAGAACGAUCUUGUGCUCAAGACUAUUGACUCGCCUCUUUUGAAGCGUGAAGGUUUCACUCAGAAUGAGUUUGAGAGGGGAAACCAUCCUGUCCCGACUAUGGGAGAGUUUACAACGUUGAAGCAGACGUGGCAGCAGUCGCAGAAGAGAGGAAUUACGUAUGAUGAGUUGGAGGGACAGCAGAUUCUGCCUGGUUUCCAUGGAAGAAGCUUUAAGUAG